UAUGUAUAUCUAAAUACAUUUUUAUUAUUCCAUUAAUAUUUUUAAAACAAUGAAAAUACCUUUGUAUCUAUCAGACAUUAUUUAUUUCAUCCUGUCUCUUGGAAACAUAAUUCAACUCUUAGUUAUAUAAAAUUUAGCUCUCAUCACUAUAGUGUUGAUGUCCAUCGCUCUUGGAAUUUUAAUUAUUUGUCUUACUAUCAAAAUUUGGUACUGUUCAACUGAUGAUUCAUCUAUUCUUCUAUUGAUACUUAAUACAACUAUCAUCAUUAUGAGAAUAAUAGCCUUAAGUCAUGUUCCAUAACUUAUAUAUUAAACAGAUAUGUACUUUAUUUUAACUUAUUAGUACUUUUGAUUGCUCCACAUCUUUAUCAUACAAAACUCAAGUCAUAAAUUCAAAAUUAUUUCAGCAGUUAUCUACACAAUUCUUUAAGCUUCACUGGAUCUAAAUUUUUAUAGAAUUAUUUUAUCUCUAACUAUCUUUCAUUAGAUGAUUCAUACCAAGUAAAUAACAACUUUUAUAAUUUUAGAAACAGUGGUAAUAAAUUACUUGAAACUCCAAAAAAAAUAUUAAAACAAUCUCACACUUGGCAAAAUAACUAAAAUAAUAUAACUAAUUAAUUUAAUAAUGACUUAAAUAUCAAAUGUAUUUUAUCUUAACCAAAUUUGAAUAAUCAGCGCGAUUUUCUUAUAAAUGAAGAUACUUUUGAUAAUUUAAAAAGAGUAUAAGAUUUAUUUCAUUUACCUUACAUCAUAACUGAUAAAGAUGCUAAACCUAUUCUCUAUAAUUCCUAUUUUAUUGAUGCCUUUGAAUUUAAUGAUUAAAAAAAUAUUCAAUACGGGAUCAAAAAUAUGAAAAUAUAUCGCUUAGAUAAAAAAAGCCAAAAAUUAAUAAAAAAGGCCAAUCUAGAAAAAUAAAUGAAUAACUAAAAUUACUUCAAUUCAUUGAGUCAACCAAAUAUAUAAUUAUUAAGCAUUUCUAGCAAACCUAUAAAAUUACUCUUAAGUCAUGUUUUAUCAAUAAUGAAUGCUCAAAAUUGUUAAUGUUCUGUAAUAGAUUUCUCAUCAGAUUUUAUAGGAAGAGAUUAUUAAAUUGAUAUUAAAUUUUUAUAAGGCUACUUUCUAUUUAUUUUCACUCAAACUUAAGAAAGAGAAGAUUAUAAAAAUAAAGUAAACACAAAGCUUUUAAUGAAUUAACUAUUUAGAAGUUUAAGCCAUGAGUUUUGUACUUCUCUUAAUUGCAUCUAAAUAUUGGCUGAAAAUGCAGCAGAAGAACUUUAAGAAAAGAUUGUAAAUAAGUACAUAUCACCUUUGUUGAACUCAUGUAAAUAAAUUUAUUAUCUAGGUUAUAUAUUAAGUAGUAUAGUUUAGGAUGUUAAAGAUUUUAGUUUGAUUUUAUCAAAGAAUUUUACCUUAACAAUAAAAAAUACAAAUAUAUGUAAAUUAAUUAAUGAAGUUGCUGCCCUAUUUUAAUAAUAAUUAUAAAUGAAGGGUUUAUAAAUGAAUAUUAUAACAAGCAACUUUUAAAUUCAUACAGAUCCCCAAAGAGUAAAAUAAUCUCUUGUAAAUUUGUUAUCAAAUGGUUAAAAAUUUACAUAAUAAGUAUUAUUUCUUUUAAAUUUUAGGGAAGCAUCACAAUUACUGCUGUUGAAGAAAACAUUAAAGAUAAAAAAUAUGUAAAGAUAUCUGUUGAAGAUACAGGUCCUGGAAUGGACAAUGAAACUAAAAGUAAAUUAGAGUAGUUUUUAAAAUCUCAUUAAAAAUGUAGAUAUAAAGAGCAAGAUCAGUCAUUUGGAAUGGGUUUGUUGAUCACAGAAAAAAUAGUUAAAGGCUUGUCUAUAAAUUACGAAGGUGGUAUACAUUUUGAAUCUAAUGUAAAAUAGGGAUCUAAAUUUUGGUUUUUAGUUUAGGAUUUGAAUUAAGAAGAUAUACAAAAUUUUAAUUCUAAAUAGACAAUUCGAUACAAAAAAGGUUAUUCUUCCAAUAGCUUUUUAAGAAAUGAUAACAGUAUUCCUAUUAGUCCCACUUUAAAAGACAUAAAAUAAUAGUUUUCACCUCUUCUAUUGUCUCCUAGAUUUAAUAAGGAUGGUUAGAAUUUGUUAAUAAAUCGAAAUAGUUCGUUUAGUCAAUCAGAAAGUAAAUAUUAUUUAAAUGAAUAGAUUUAUCCUAUUAAGAAGAAAAAUUGGACUGUAUCAUCAGUCCAUAUAUUAUGAAAUUAGGAUGUUCGAAACCUCUGUAAGAUAGAAUAGAGUUAGAUGGAACACCUAAUAUUUCAACAAAAAUAUUAAUUGUUGAUGAUGAAUUUGUGAACAUUUAUGCCUUAAAAAUAAUGUUAAAUCGUUUGAAUUACUAAUGCGAUGAAGCCAAUAAUGGUUAUGAAGCAUUAGAUAAGUUUAUGAAAAAUUAAUAUUAGCUGAUUUUUAUGGAUAUAGAAAUGCCAAAUAUGAAUGGAGUAACCGCUACUAAACAAAUUCAUUAAUAUUGUGAAUAAAAUAAUCUACAAAAACCAAUAAUCAUUGCAUAAACUGCAUAUACAGAUUCAUUGACAAAGAAAGUUUGCUAAGAAUCUGGGAUGAACUAUUUUUUAUAAAAACCAAUCCAUACAAAAGACAUUUAAUAAAUUCUUUAUGAGAAGUUUUGA